UGUAAUCACUGUGGUAAAGCCUUUCCAAGUCGCAGUGCUCUUCAAAUUCACCAAAGAACUCAUACUGGAGAGAAACCCUUUGAUUGCAGUGAAUGUGGUAAAGCAUUUGCACGUCACAGUAAUCUUGAUAUACACAAAAGAACUCAUACCGGAGAGAAACCCUAUGAUUGCAAUGAAUGUGGUAAGGCCUUUUCAACUCGCAGUCAUCUUCAAAUACAUGAAAUAAUUCAUACUGGUGAGAAACCCUAUGUAUGUAAUCAGUGUGGUAAAGCCUUUGCAUAUCGCAGCAAUCUUGAAGCACAUGAGAAAACACACACUGGAGAGAAACCCUAUGAGUGUAAUCAGUGUGGCAAUGUCUAUGCAAGUCGUAGUAGUCUUCGAAAUCAUGAAAAACAUCAUACUGGAGAAAAACUCUAUGGAUGUAAUCAAUGUGGUAAAGCCUUUGCACGUCGUAGUAGUCUUGAAAUACAUGAAAGAACUCACACCGGAGAGAAACCUUAUGUAUGUAAUCAGUGCUGUAAAGCUUUUGCACGUCGCAGUAGUCUUCAAAUACAUGAAAGAAGUCACACUGGAGAGAAACCCUAUGAAUGUAAUCAGUGUGGUAAAGCCUUUGCAAGUCGUACUAGUCUUCAAAAUCAUGAAAAACAUCAUACUGGAGAGAAACCAUAUGGCUGUAACCAAUGUGAUAAAGCUUUUGAAUUAAAGUGUGAUCUUCAAAUUCAUGAAAGAAUUCACACUGGAGAGAAACCGUAUGUAUGUAAUCAAUGUGGUAAAGCCUUUGUAAGUCGUCGUUAUCUUCGAAAUCAUGAAAAACAUCACACUCUUGAGAAACUCUAUGAUUGUAGUCAAUGUGGUAAAUCCUUUGCAAUUUUCAGAUAUCUUCAAAAACACAAAAAAACUCAUACUGGAGAGAAACCAUAUAAAUGUACUCAUUGUGGUAAAGCCUUUGCAUAUCGCAGUAAUCUUUAUAGACAUGAAAGAAGUCAUACUGGAGAGAAACUGUAUGAAUGUAAUGAAUGUGGUAAAGCCUUUGCAUAUCAUACUAGUCUUCAUAAUCACAAAAAAUGUCAUAUUGGAGAGAAUCCUUACGAAUGUAAUUGAUGCAGGAAGUUUUGGCACAUCAGCUCAUUAAAGAACUUAUACUGGAGAGAAACCCUAUGAAUGUAAUCAGUGGGAUAAUGCCUCUGCAUCUUAUAGUCUUCUUCAAAGGCAUGAAAGAAGCCCUACUGGAGAGAAACACUAUGAAUCUAAUAAGUGCAGUAAACCCUUGCACACCAAGCAUAUUU